UGCUAUUAUUUGCAGAUCGCUCUAUGUCUUACGGUGCAUACUCUGACACCGGACGAUAACAUUUUCACGGAGGGAGUCAAUUGGGGUAUCUCGUACGACCUACCAAACGAAAGCAAGCCGGCUCUAGAACCCCUUUUACAAUUGAGACACGAUGAGAUUAAACCUCUGAAGAAAUAUGGUCAUCAUUCGACGGCGAACGCGAUCAACAAGAACGUCGUGAAAUAUUCCGGAUGGCAUAGAAACGAUAAAUAUUACGUGAAACCAGGGAAAAGCAAGUACCACAAGUCAGACUACUAUUACUUGCAACGUAGACAUCGAAGGCAACUCUACAACAAACUGGAGACCAUUAUGAACGCGAUGAACUUCGAAGGGAGAACGUGCGUGUUCCGAGCGCUCUGCGAGGCCUCUCAGCGGCUGAUGCCCAAAGGAAACACUCUCAUCGAAGAGAUGAUGAGGAUAUCAUUCUCCUUCCCUUUGAAGCGGCUGUUCGCUCAUGAGCCGGAGGAGCAUCAUGCGUAUAGCAGAGCUCACAAAGCAGGCCAUGAGGGCCAUGAUUGCGCCUCCAUGUACGCCGGAUGCAGUUUCUCCCUGAUCGACAUGGCCCUCGGGAAAUACGACACAUCAGCGACACGGCGACCUCAACUUCCGCCAGGAUAUGCCGAUACGGUUGAAUCUUUCGGAGACUGGGCCAGGUACAACAUGAAAUAACACGCUGGCUCUACGCCGCUAGAACUCCAAAGGGGUGUUCUUACGGAAUAUCUGGACGAGAAGUCGGUUUGAUUUGCGAAGCAAAUCUUCUCGUCCCUCUCGAUAUUAGCACGUUCCGUACUGCGCGACUUUUUCGUUCAAGCAGUUUGAUAUUUUGCCUAUGGCAAGAAGGGAAACUGCGUAUUAUGUGUAUUUUACUUUUCGAUAUGAAUGUGUGUUUUCUCAUGAGACGUAGAACUGGUCUAUUCGCGUAAGAAACCGCAAAAUUAAAUAAUUAGUAAUUUGGCAUUAACCAUUAUGGAACUCAAUUUAUUUAAUAAAUGUGAGAAUUUGAAUGGCGCAGACGGAAUUGGCGCGGAACGUAAUGUGUUAAUGGCAUCGAAUACGAAAGCUUACAGUGAUCGCUGAACUUUAAUGGCACUGCAAAUAACGUCGAUGAUAAUAUCCAGGAGUACCAUCCCCUCGAACGUUCUGCAAAGAAGUUGAAAGGAAUAUCGCGUGACGUGUAAGUAACGCGAGUCGGUCUCAAAAAUAGCAAUAUCCGGAACGUAGUAGCGUACACAGCUGCAUUUUCGGUAAUUGGAUGAGCUUACCUAUCGGCAGAGCAAGAGCGGUAGAUGGAAUCGAAGCAAGGGAUGAAAUAAACGAGUGUGGAUAAGGCCUGCUAUGGCAUCCGGCUGUGUUCAGUUCACCAGUUCCAAUCGAUAAUAACGAUUCUUUGUAAUAUUGUUACACCGUGGGUCAAUAUAUUCGAUAUAACAGGAUUACGUACUUCGUCGAGCCGAAUAUUACACGAAAUCGGGAAAACUGUUUCGUACAGGCAACUACAAAUAGAUAAUCGCGCGAAUAAGUCGGCUUAGCUGGUUUCGUGGCUUUGUCGAUUUGCGUGAUCGCUAGGUGUUGUGGCGUACACGUCUGCUUCGAUUUAACUAUACAACUUUAACAGAUGGAAACAUUUGUUAAUAGCUCGCUGUAGAAUGCGUCGUAGUUCGUUCCAACCAAGCAAUUAGAGAUAAAUAUUGAUACAAAAGUUUUAAGCGAGGGACUUAACAAACCUGAAUCCUCGUCGAUUCCGUUACACGAAUAUCCUCUCGUUUUCUUCCUUCUCUUUCUGUCUGCUCUUCCCUCUCCUUUCUUUCUUCUCUGGCCGUUUUCAUUCCUUUCGGUUCGGUACUCCGCAUGCACGCAUCGAUUGUCACUGGUUUCCGCUUUGCCACGCGGUGACGGCGCGUCCACGGUAACGAUAAGAGAUGAAAAAUUGUUGUAUGUUUCUGGCCAACGACGCGACGCCGUUUCCAACGAUGAACAACAGCCAAAGCCCCGGGACUCGUUCCCGGAGAAAUUGAUUUUGGAUUUAUUCGGUGACGUCAUCGGCCACAGCCUCACCCUCGACGACGCACGAUAUUUCUGAUACGUAACGGAUCGCGUUUGCAUCGUUGGACAUGCGUGGGUCUUGGCUUUCUAUUCGUCUUGUUACGCUCGUCAGAAAAGUUGUUGAGAUUUUGUCCUCGUAACAACCGAUACUCUCAACGUUCGUUACACAAUGCUCCAUUCGUUCGACAAUGUUUUGUUCUACGCGACCACAGUUCCACGUAUACUCGAAUCGUCGCUCUGUUUGACGAGGAAAUGGCACGAACAGAAGAUAAGCUCAGUUCGUUGAUUUCCAAGCAGACCGCGUAGAACGGAUGGAGUAGAACGAGUCGACACAUAGUCAGACGUGAAAUGUACGUAGCCUGUACGUUGACCCUACGUCGCUGAAGUAGAAUAGCACAGUAAGUAGAUGAGUGAGUAGAAUGGCCCUGUACGUGGUCGGACGUUCGAUCCUUGUAAAGCGACCAAUACCCAUGGAUGGGAAACGAAGUGAAAGAAGGCACAUAUUUUCCAACUUAAGCUAGUAGAACGCGGCCCAUGUAGUCAGACGCGUCAUACAAUGUCCUUAAGUCGAUAAGUGGAACGAAUUUGUUCUGCGAGCUCGACUGUGUGCAAGUCGAUAGAAAAAUGAAUAUUUGUCCAUUGUCAUUCGUAUUGUGCAACUUAUCUGAAAAGUAUAUAACCUGGAAAGCUACUGUCUUAAUCUAAACAUUGACAGUAUUUGUAAAAGUUCUUCAUUUUAUUUUAAGUAUCUUCCUUUAGCAUUCUUCUGGAUACUUACACACCUGAUAGGUGUUUUUAGUAAACUUUUUAUUGGAAUUUGGAAUCUUCGAAAUAGGAGGAAUGGACGAGCACACACUGGCAUCUACGUGCGAAUUUCUUAAUCGAGAAAGUCAUAUGCAGCAGCGGUACGAUGAGUACAUGAAUUAUACGAAACGCCGGACAUAUUAAAUUACUGUCACAUCGAUUAAUAUGAUUUACGUGAUGUACAGUCAGUCACGAAAGCUUUUGACGCCUCAUAAAAGAGGUCCAUUUUUAUUUAAAUAAAAAAUAUAAAGACUUAUAGUACCAUAUUGAUUUCCUAAUAUACUUUCAUAAAGCAAUAAUAAAACAGUUUUCAAUUGUUUUCAUAUAGAACGCACCAGUUUUGCAGUCAAAUUUUAUAGCAUUUUAUUCCAAUUAGAAAAACUGCCGUUUUAUACGUUUUGCACAAAUUUUUGUGGUUAACUAUAUAUAUAUAUACCUAUAAGAAUCUCUUAAGUUGACAAUUUCAAAUACCUAACUCAAAAGUCAAAUAAUUUCUUAACAAACAUUCUUCCUUUCAGUCAAAAGUUAAACGGUAUCAACGAGAUAACGACUUAAUGUUAUUAAAAAUGUAAUAAAUUAAUUUUUCGUUUUUGUAAAUAAAAGCAAAAAUAUUACUUAUACAUAAUUCUUAAAACGUCAUUGACCUGUGAUCGUUAUAGAACUUACUUAAAGCAACGACGAACUCCCUUAUUUCCCAGUCAGACUGUGCAUGCACGAAGAGCAAAGGGAAAAGAAGAGAUAACAAAACGAUCGGUAAAGAAGGGGCAGAGCUAGUCGCUUUUCUUGUCUCAUCCGCGGAAUAAAAUUCAGUAGCAGCGAACAGAUAUCGAUUCCGUGACAGUGACACCGCCCCAGUUCGCGGGCCAAGCCGGGCGUGGUGUAAGGCCGCUUAUAACAACCCUCUUUUCCACGACACUACCGAUUCCGUACGGUUAACCACAAUUCCCCCGGGUGAAAGAAGCAAGAGCUACUUCUCUUCGUCCUUCCCUUCCGUCUCCACGGCCUCCGUCAGUUUUUUCGCCGCCACGCUUUUCAUCCGCCGUAACGAUAUCGGCGACGUCGUUUUUUAUGUAUAAGACGCGUUUCAAAGCACAUUUUUGGAAUUACCGGUAUCGCCAGCCGCAAAGCGGCGAGCACAAUAGAUCCAUAAUUUAAGGGAAUCAACCUUUUGACCGCGCAACGUUUGAUUUGCUUGUUGACAAAUUCUGCCCUCAGCAUCGCGUCUUUUGUUCACCCGUUUCUUUCUCGUUGUGGCUGAAACGCUUGGAAAAUGUUGUUCGCGUUUCUCUCCUGCCACAACAGACAGGUAAACCAUUCGCGGAGGAUCGCCGCGAGAGUUUGUUGGAAAUGAUUAAUUUCUAUUAGCAGUAAAUCAUGACCGAUUAUCGCCCCUAUUACGGAUUGGGUAGAAUUUAAUUUAGGAAAUUACCCCCGGGACCGUGGCUAAUGGUUGAUCGAUGCAGGAAUCAUCGCUGUCAAUGACGAGCACUGUAGAGACAGCAGUCGCCGCCAGUUCGCGAACUAUGUUCGUCGUUCGAACAAAUAAUCGUUCUUUUGCCGCGAAAUUAUGAGAUUCGAUUGCCUGGCUUUUUGGCUGUAAAGAAUACAGUUUUCUUGUUCGUUUUCGUUGUCACCGAUGGAGAAAGUUUUCAGUGGAUUCGAACACCGAACGCUAGCUCGAAAGAGCGCCCGUUGGAAAAGUUACCGACGUAACUGGCUCUUCCGAUGAAAGUUCCGCAUGAAAAGUUCAACCACGUAAAAGUGGUGUACUGUAUCGAGACUGAUCACACGAUGAGAGACUCGCGAAAUCGCUCGUUGGCAGAUUCGUUCCCAAAUCUACUUUCCUAUCGUUGGAACAUUUACAUGGCAUGGGUAUAUCUUUGAACUUUUAUUUCCAGAUUAAUAGCAGAUAUUCUACAAAAAAAAAAAAAAAGAAAAAAAUGAUAGCCAAUGCAUUUUUCAAAUCUACGCGUUACAUUUCGUUUUUAUUACACUUCAAAGCCCGGUUUUGCUAGGAACAUGCCAAUUAUUUUAGAAAGGGUCGCUGAUGUUUCAAAAUUCUCUCUUCGGAUACCAACAGAUAACUUUCUAUUGAAUAAUCCAAAUAUCAAUACCAAUUUACAGUUACACCAUGUAUCUGCAAACAGGCCAUAUGGCAUGGGACGCGUGUGUACGCUACGGAUCGCAUUCGCUAACAUUCGAUUAGCCUCUUUACGAACAAUGGACGACGUGACUAUCAUACUCAGACGAUGCGCGGCGGCGGCAUGAUCGUUCGAACAUUUAAACGCGCGUAACGCUAUAAAUCACAUCGGGCCAGACGAAGCAGAAUGCAAACAGGCCUGUUACGGCCCCGCACGAUACGACUUCCGCUUGCAAAGAUGUCGCAAUCGAAUCAAACGAAUCUUGUCACUUAUCGAAAGAUUACAAUCUGCCCUCGUUUUUCCGAUAAGUAAAUUCCAAUUAAUUUCACCGGGGGCAAGCAAAUGGCUGUCGCGAAUCAAAGUCAGGGCUAACAUUAGCUGGAACGAGCGUCUGUUUGAUUAUCUGUUCGCUGGCUGAACAAUGACGCGACGAGAUGGCAAGUUCAAUCGGUUCUCUGGCUGGUUUCCGCAAAGUGCCGUCACCAGAAUCGAUAUCUCGAUAGGAUUCGAACGUAUGUGGGAGCAUGUGAAAGUUUUCUUUAUUUUCAAUGCACGAUGAAAAAUUUCGCGGAGAAAAUCAAUUUUAAAUGAAUGUCAAUACUUGGACAUAAUUAAUUAAUAUAUACACGUUAUAAUGAAUGUGACGGUGUACAAAUAUUCUUUGUAGCUACUGCGUAUGAAUUUCGAGUGGAUAAUAAUUUUCGUUUGGGUAGGAACCGUGUAUAUCCGCGGUCCACGUUAUCGCAAUUUGAAACCGAGCGAGUUAAAUUUUCUUUCAAUUAGAGAUCCGCUGAUAUUCAAAUAUUUGAAAUAACAAAGUUAUAUAUUCGUUCGUGGAUUAAGCAAACCUAACCCAAGCCGACAGUGGUUUGUUAACCAGCAUAGAAAAUGAAUCUACCUAAAAAGGCGUUCGUGUUACUUUUUAAAUUAUGCUUUAAAACACGAAACACGUAGCUUCGUUUCUUGCCACUUUCCGCUUCAUAAAGGAUUAAAGUACUGCGCCCAUGCUUGACUAUUCCCCGCCGCUUAAGGUCCAAAUUGAAAGGGAAAGAAUUGCUGGCCAGUCGACGUGACGAGAAUUAGAAAGAAACGAGAGGCGACGUUACACGUAUUAAAAGUGAUAAUUAAGCAACGAAUACGCAAACGAGACUACGACGAUCGCGCGAAUUCGCUCUUGCCUCACUACAGUAUAAUCAUUACGAUAAUCAAAUAUUCUCUUUUGCUAAUAUAUCCGUUUUAUUAAUGGGAGAAUUAUCGAAGAAGUUACAGAUAUUGAAUUUUGUAGAUGUUAAUAAAAUUAUAGCAGUCGUGCAGUUUAACACUGUGACUGCUACGUUGGUCAUAUAUGACCAAUGGUUUUUUCUGUGACGCCACGGUGGUCAUUAGUGACCGGAGCGUUUGAACUUCUUACAAUUGUGACAGUUGUAUGAAAAUUGACAGUUAGGGCAUUUUGAAUAUAACCGAUAAAUAGAAGAUUGAAAUAAAAAGUGCCCCAUAGAACAAUUAAAAAUUUUUAUUAGAACAUCAAUAAAAAAAAGAUGAGAACAAAUCUUGCAUCUAACGGUGCACUGUGUUUGCAUCCAUAUCCUUGAGGGGUAAUUUACGAAUAUUAUUAUAAACACACCUGAGAAAAUAAUCGUAAAUGCUGCUUUAUAAUCAUAUAAUUGAAGUUAGAAGUGUGCACAUACCUUACUAUUAUAUAUAGAAUGAGCAAAUACUGUUUUCUAAUAUCUUCCACACGUUUCAACAAUAUAUUCUGGACGUUUUGCUUACGACGAAAUGACGAACGCGAAUGGUUUGUUGAAAUAAACGAAGUCUUGUUAUAAUAUGUCGCUAUUAAGUGUUACCAAGACGUCACGGUGGUCACGCGUGACCAUCAAUAAGAUAAACGGUCCAUUGGAGAAGAAUGUUGUCUUACAUCAUCAAUGUAUUAUUAUUUUGCCAUUAUAUGCUUUUAAUAAUAAAAAUACUCCCGUGGCGUCCUGAGCGAAACAUGCGAUUUCGGCGUGGCAGUCAAAGUGUUAAGACACUCGUCUAAUCGUUACAAGGAAGUACAUUUAAAAGUAGUUUUAAAAUUCCGCGCCAUGUCAAUCAAUGCUACGUUAGCGAAAUUACCUUUAUACCUACAUUUGAAGCUAAAUAUAUAUCUUUUAAUAUCACUUACCUUUACAGUAUCAAUUACUGUCACUGUUCUAUAACCCGCCGUUUUCUUUUCUUUUUUUGAAAUUUAAGUUUAAUGAAAUUAAAUCCCUAAAUAUCCCUAAAUUAAAAUUCCUAUUAUUACCAUUAUACGAUACUUAUAUGUAAUUUGUAUUUUAUUAUUAAUUCUCUUGCGCAUAUUCAUUACACAGUACGAAGAAACUUCUCGAAUGAGAAUUCUUAAUAAGAAAAGAAUGCAGACAAAGCGAAGUGUUCGCAUCAAACCAGUCUCACAAAUUAUUAAAAUCAGCAUAUUACAGACAGGAUUAAACUGCCUGAAGAAUCUCAAUCUAACGACGAGUUAAACCACACAACGAAAUAAAUUCUCCGGCAAACACAAGCCGGAGAGAAAGAAAGCGUGCAAUAAACAUUUUACUCCGAUGCUGACGGUUUCUCGUUGUUUCCUGCAAACAACCCAGUCCCCGAAUACACGGCCCGUAUCCAUCGUAGCCGUUUAAGUGUUUAAUAAUCUGUCUCGACGGGGACAAAAGGGCAUGGCCGACCCGUUAUUAUCCGGCCUCCACUCCCGACCCCCAUGCCGCCACCCCUUUCCCCCGUGACGUUUGAUUAUUCAUUCACGCUUCGAGCCACGGCAAAGCUGGAAUCCACUUUUAACUCGCUAUGGAACGAGCCACGAAAACGCUCAUUGCGACGACCAGGGAUAUUGAUUCUUUCGGGCCUCACCGUUGCCGCAGUACUUCUCCCGACAAAUUGCUUCUUUUCGAUUAACUUCGUUUCGUGCGACGCGUAUCGCCUCUACGAGUAACUCGACGAUUGCCUUCGACCAUAUCUCCUUGCUAUCAACCUAAAGUCGAACACCGGAGAUCCUACAUUUGCCACUUCCCUUCUUCAUCGGUUACUACCUUGAUUAGCUGUUCUACGUGACGCUGGAGCCUUAUUCUUAACCAAACCAGACUUCCGGUAUUGCAGUGUGUCUUCUUGCGAUACUAUUAGAUUUCUUCAGCAUCUUUAGCAGUCUCUGACGAUUAAAAUGGAAUGUGCAGAAAUUUCGUUUGUCUAGUAUACUAUGUUUGUCAAUUAUAUACACGCACACAGCGAUGUCAGAUCGAUAGAAAUUAUUCUUGAUCGCUCGAAUUGCCACCAAAUACGUAGAUGAUCAGGUAUUAUCGUUGCGUGUGUUUGAUGGCGACAGUCAAAGCCUACGUGCUCAGCGGCAGAAAAUCAACGAGGCGCUCGGUUCUCAACGAUAUGCGGGAUAUUGAUUAAAUAUUGAAGGACUGAGAAAUAUUUCCGGAACUUCGUACCAAACGCAUAAUAACUGGCGCUCGUUAUUCCGUAUAUUGUACCGUAAGUUGUGAUUGUCGUAAAUAAAUGAUAAUUAAGAAGAUUACCAGCAGCCGCACAUGUGCAUACAAUUAUUAGCUGAUUUAUUUAACUUACUAUUGCGCUAUAUCAAAGAAUGGCCCGGUAUUUUCAUGAGCCGGUAAUUUACUCGAGUCGGAUGUCAAUGAAAAUGUCUGGAGCUUGGUUAGGAUUUACAUUAAAAGAUUAACAGUAGAAGAAUAUUUUAGCGUCUUUGAUACGUCCUCCGGUGAAAUAACGAGCAGUUGGAAGUAUCGUGAACAGGUCACAUGAAGACGAGACUUUCCUCGGUCGAAAUCUGUUUGCAUUUUCGUGACAGUUGCACAGUCAUCGGCUUAUCGCUUAUUGUUACCGCCGCGAGACAAUGAGCCGGAUCGUUGCAAUCUAAACUUUGUCUCGUUUGUUGAACAGGUUACAAUUUUAUCGUGUUACAGUCGAAGUUCACGCAGUUUCUAAGUGCUGUACGAAUAGUGGUAGCUAUUACUUUUAUGUAUUUAAUUCGAGUACAAUGAAUGCAAAUUCACGAAAUAAAUAUUUCGAGUACUUACAGUCAGUCUAUAACAGCCAUGACAAGUAAAUUCUUCCAAUUUUCCUAUGACUUUAAAAUCACCGAAAAAUCUUUCGAAUAAUUGAUAAGAUAGCCGAAUAAUCGGAAGAAAAGGAUUCAUAGAAUAGCUUAACCUUCUCCUAAAGAGUAGCUUCUUCAAACAAAUACGCUUAACUCGUGAAGAAAACUCGAUAGGCAGUUGGAGGGCGAAGAAGCAAACGCGUAGAACAACUCGUCUUGAAAGCAACGUUCCUAUUAUUUAAAAAGAGAAUUCGAAUAAUCGCAAGAGCAAAGCUUUAAAGAACUACUCGAACAAGUUUCGACUAAAUCUUUUCCACCGUUAAGGAUCUCCUCAGACUAGCAUUAUCUCGUGAACCACCAUCGCUCUCACAAUGUGUUUCGUUAUUACACCAGGUUGCACACGCUAGGUGGAAUUACUUACUCGCGAGCCGCGCAUCAGUCGAUUGUCCUCAAAGGACCGAUUCCUUGGUUAAGCAUAACGAGAUUCGCUCGAUGCUGGUAAGGUUACGAGUAAUCGUCUCGCGAUCAUGGCUGUUCGUCUUGAUGCUUCGUAGGUCGUCCUGAGUGCUGAAGUCUGCAAGUUUCAAAGACAAACGCCGUCAGUUUAUUAUACGCGAGGAGAGAGAGAGAGAGAGAGAGAGAGAGAUGGAAUUUGCUACGAAAGGGUGUAUCGAGUAACUAGUUGCUCUUGGCUGCGCGGCCCUCCAUCGUGGAACAGCGACACAAAAGGGAAUCGCUUAAUGACACCGAGCAUCUUAACUUCGCUCGUAGCGGAAUACUAAGCAGUGAAACGCAAUAACGCAUCCACCGAUUCUUGGUUCGAUAUCACGUAGAAUAUUCGAGUAUCUCACUGAGCAGCCGAUUUGAAAGGAAACUGUCGGCUACCAUGAUAAUACUUGGCGAUGAUUAUCUCGUAAUCGCUGAAGGAAAUAAUUCCUGAUUUGGAAAUAAUUUUCUUCCUUCGGUUCUGUCACUCCUUGUUCUCUUCCUGCUUUGUAUCUCGCAUCAGUUUGACUCGGUUUUCCCAACUAAUUCGCGCACUACGCAGUUCCUAUCUCGAGCUGACAUAUUAUAAUGGCGAAGAGUAUAUAAAUAAGGGUAUGUCGUUGUAUCAAAUUCAACAAAUCUGGUUUGUAACUAUUAAAUAAUUCGCAAUCAAAAUUUCUCCUUCAAUAUCCAUAGUGUUUGAAAGUACUAUUGUCCCUUAAGAAGUUCGAAACGUGCAAGUUUUAAUUCAUCGGAUAACUUCUCCAAUUCGACAUUUUAACAGCGAGCCGAGGCGUUUGGUACGAAAACAUUUUACACUACAGCAUUGACUGUUCGUAUCGCGCGAUUGUCCAAAACUGACACGUUUGACGUUCAGUGAGUCUAAAGCGGCGACACACGGCAAUUUUGAUAAGCCAUCGAAGAAAAAAGUCGCCUAUCGAUUCGAACGAAAUAAAAUGGCCGCUUGCUACCAGCGCAAGGAAUUACGAAAAAUGGUAUGCAACGAGUUCGAAAACAAAUUACCAUCCAGAUCCGUUUUUAUAGCGAGCGGCCUUUCCCGUGCCUCGUGAAACAAUCCCUUCAUAAAACCAAACCAUACCAGUACGAGCCAUAAACAUGGUCCAUCCGUUAGAAUAUUCCGCAAACGAGUAUCGUGAACGUCCUCGAUAAAACCUACCUCGAGAUGGAGAAGGCGCGACUAUCUUUUCCGGAAGGGGAUAUAGAGAACAAAAAACAGGGGGACAGAAGUAUCCGGCGACGAUUUAACAAUGAUGGGGAAGGGGGAUUCAAAUUCGUGUCGGAAUCCAAUAUUUCCGGGAGCUUGCAGGAAAGUCGCAAGGAAUGUCGCAUGGAACGAUAUUACGACGCGUUGCUGUUGCUUCGUGUGAGGGAUGGAAAACGGUGGUGGGAAACGGAGGCAGGAGAAGCGAGGCGAUUCGGCGUGUUGUACGAGCGUCGUGGUGCAAGCCGGCGGAAGCCGAGCAAGAAAUGGAAGAAGUCUGGAAAUCCAGAUAACCGGGCUCCUUUAAGAGAACGACAAAGGGUCUCGAGCGAAGAAGUAUGUUGGGAAAGCGCUCGAGAACGAAGAAAAAGAGGGGGAAAGCGUCCAUCAAAACAGUUUUACAGCGACUCGGUUCUCGAGUGGUCUUCUUUAUGCUUGAUACUCUUGCCUAGAUGUGCGUGGAGACCAAUAGAGACCUUCGAAGAGGUAUCUCGAUAUAUCGAAGAAAGUGUGUAUCGUUUAGGAAGAGAUGUUGGAUGGACUAUCGGUUACUCUGUAUCGUGUUACUUUGGGGCAAUUAGCGCUGCUUUCUUUGUAGAAUCGAGAAAUGUAGAGAAAGGUUCCUUCGGUUGCCAUGAUUUUUUUAACCGAUCGGUUAGGUUUUCAAUCCUUGAUUCGUAUGAUUAUUUUAUUAUUAGGCUGUUUUUCAAUUUUGUCAUCUUAAUCUAUAUUAAAAUGCUGCGUAAGUUCUGUCCAUCGAAUUUUGCAAAUUGAACAGACUACUAGAGGCAAUAAGAAAGGAGACUUCUCGGUAAUUUAAGCGAAGUGCCAAAAACAAAUACAAUAUCGGGAUGAAAAUCAAGUUGUUCAAACGUGCUAUAAAUUCGUUUUAAAUUUUCCAUUAUUGUUUCAUUUUACACAUUACACGGCGCUACGUUACUCGUGUGUUAUCAUUUUUCGUGUAUUUUUUAUAUCAGUUGCAACAACAGUAACAGCAAUGCGGAUAAUAAUAAAUUUACCGACUUUAAAAAGCAUCGCGAUAAAAUUCAAACUGCGAUGUUCAACGAGUGUCAUCCAGGGCGCGAAGAAAAAAUUUAACGAUUCAACUAGUGUUAGCGACACAGUCGUGACUAACUUGUUUAUCGCGCAACUUUUAAUUAUGUUUGUGCUUUCAGCAGACCCGUCCACCGAUUUCCGAUGAAACUUUACGAACUUCCGACUCAUCCGUCUAAAAGUGUGAGGGAUAACUGUUUAGAUGACUUCCUGCCGAUAAAAAGUGGCGAACGCCAACCUGGCAACCGUAACUUUGCGAGAUAACGCUGUUGAAGUUUGCCGGGGACCUUCUUCGUCGAGUAUAUCGUCAUUUCUGACUGUAGAUUUCUCCUUUCGUCGUGUGUCUCUUCUCGAAACUGAUCGAGCUUGUUAAAGAACGAGUAAUUUUUGAAGAACGAGCGAUAUUUUUUUCGUAAAUCGAUCGACAAAAGAUAAAGUCGCGGGAAUACCAUUUUUUCUGCGUUGAGUCUUUUUCUGCGUUGACGAGUCACUCGUCGAAUAAAAGGCACGAUUUAGCAUGGGAAUCGACUAAUAAACGGAACGUUGUUUGAUUAAUUGAUCGGCUCUGGCCGAUGGAUGUGGAUUUCCAGGCCGAGUAGACGAGAUAGAAAUUAUUUGCAUAUUUAUAUGGACGGCACCGAUCGUUUUGGGGGAAAUUUAUUCAUUAGCAAAAACACGUUUACAUAGCAUUACAUAAUUACGUAUGAGUAAUUAGAGGUUGAACUAAUUAGGUGUGCAUACAGAGUGUGGCAACUUGUUCUUUCGAAAGCUAGUUUUUCGAAAUACCAUUUGAUAUCCUUGUUAAUGAAAAUGAUUACAAAUUGUGAACGAAUAAUAAUCGCUGCGAAUUACUAAAGGCGAGAGUGGAAAGUGUAUUAAAUAUUACGAAGAAUUGCUUGAUAUUAAUAAGAUGCGAAAAUCGUAUACAGCUGCAUCGACUUAUAUCUGCAAGAGCGAUCCUCUCCAAGCGGCACGAUACUUUUACCGCAGAAAUAUUUUAAGCGAAAUAGUUACGAUGCAUUCGAUUAAGAAAAAUCGGAAAUGCAUCGAAUAUUACGGCCAGGAACCUGACAUUAAUAUCAUUCGAGAAGUGCACUCUUGGAGACUAGCUUUUAAAAAAGUCCUCGUGUUUCCAGCAGAGAAACUAUAUUCGAUGAAACCAUUUCGAUGUAUUAAUUUGAAAAAUGUGCGCGUAUGUCGAAUACUAUGGGAAUUAGUUGGAAAUCAAUGACACGUAAAAAUUAUAUGUAACUGUAUCGACCUGUACAUUUGAAAAUUACUGUUCUAGAACUGUU